CUCCUAUUACAAAUGGCUCGCACGAAGCAGACGGCCCGCAAGUCCACCGGCGGCAAGGCCCCGCGCAAGCAGCUGGCCACCAAGGCUGCCCGCAAGAGCGCUCCGGCCACCGGCGGCGUGAAGAAGCCGCACCGCUACCGGCCCGGCACCGUGGCGCUGCGCGAGAUCCGGCGCUACCAGAAGUCGACCGAGCUGCUGAUCCGCAAGCUGCCGUUCCAGCGCCUGGUGCGCGAGAUCGCGCAGGACUUCAAGACCGACCUGCGCUUCCAGAGCUCGGCCGUGAUGGCGCUGCAGGAGGCGAGCGAGGCCUACCUGGUGGGUCUGUUCGAGGACACCAACCUGUGCGCCAUCCACGCCAAGCGUGUCACCAUCAUGCCCAAGGACAUCCAGCUGGCCCGCCGCAUCCGCGGGGAGAGGGCUUAAUUUUGAUUACAUAUCCGAACAAACCCAAAGGCUCUUUUCAGAGCCACCUCCACCAUUCUAUGAA